AUGUACGCCUUACUGUUUGUAAUCCUACUCUAUCUGUCUGACGGAGCAGUAGACGGCAUGUUUCACGACUUCCAGGCGCUGCAUCAAUGGUACACAUGGAAGACUGGGCUCGGUAAGACGUACAAGGACAGUUACGAGGAAAUUCUGCGCAAAAGCAUAUUUACGGCCAAUAUACGAUUAAUCGAGGAGCAUAAUUACCGAUUUCACCAAGAUCUAGAGACGUAUACUAUGUCACCUAACCAAUUCGCCGACCUUACACCACAAGAGUUUUCUGCUCUGUACCUGAGCAAACUACACUCACGUCUGCCAGCCGGUGUAUCACAGUCCCAUCUAAGCACCGCCCAGCUGAAAGAUCUACCAGACCAGGUUGACUGGCGCAACAUGGGUGCAGUAACACCAGUGAAGGACCAGGGAGCAUGUGGAUCGUGCUGGGCUUUUUCUACAACUGGAGCCAUUGAAGGCCAACUGAAGCUGCAAAGACACGAGCUGACGAGUUUAUCGGAACAACAGUUGGUUGACUGCAGUUGGCCGGAAGGUAACGAAGGGUGUGGUGGCGGUUUGAUGACGCAAGCUUUUGAACACCUCAUCCAAUACGGCAGUGAAUCUGAAGCCGCUUAUCCCUACAAGGCCAUGACUUCCCAAUGUAAAUAUCGAAAGUCAGAUGUAGUUGCCAUGAUGCUGGGCUACAAGAAAAUAAAAGAAGGCAAUGAAACAGACCUGAUGGAGGCUGUUGCCACAGUUGGACCGAUCUCAGUUGCUAUCAAUGCCGACAUGCCGGGUUUCAUGUUCUAUAGUCAUGGAGUUUACUCUAUCAAGAAUUGCUCCCCUCUCUACCUGGAUCAUGCCGUUCUGGCCAUUGGCUAUGGGAUCUUGGAUGGCCAGCCCUACUGGCUCGUGAAGAACAGUUGGGGUGAGGACUGGGGUAUGGAGGGCUACAUUCUCAUCGCUAAAAACGCAAAUAACAUGUGUGGAAUAGCCAGCAUGGCCAGUUAUCCGAUUCUUUAA